AACGUUUUCUACUUUGAUAAGUGACAAAAAUUAUAAUUGCGAAGUUGUGUCUUUUUUGAAGUCAAAAAUAGAAGUGCAGUGCUGAAAACUGGAAACAGUAAAAUACACAGAUAACACAGGCGCAAGCGUUGGCCGACUCCGGUACUUGGAGACAAGUAGCUUUAUUUUGGGAACUACGCGGAAAUAAAAAUUCUGCGCGAUGGAUGCCAGUAUUCUCGCAGCCAUGGACAAAGAGGCACUGAAAAAGCAGAUCGAAAACAUGAAGUACCAGGCCUCCAUGGAACGCUGGCCGCUAUCGAAAAGCAUUGCAGCGAUGAGAGAAUACGUAGAGGAAAAUGAAAAAAAUGAUCCUCUCAUACACGCGCCUGACAAGAAAAACAACCCUUGGGCCGAGAAAGGGAAAUGCAUCAUCAUGUAAUCAUAAUCUAAGUAAAAUAAAGAAAUAUCACCAAAAAUUCUAAAAGACAUUAUAUCGUUUUGGCACGACGAAAUCGUUAUUGGUCUGGUCCAAUCCACUGACGCUAUUGCUGAUUAAAGUUACAUCGGAAAGAGGUUUUCGAACGAAAUUGAACAUUCGCAACUGCCAGACAAUAUAAAGAAAAAUAGUAAAAUAGAAACAAUUCGGGACGAUGUACACUAGCCUCGCCAAACCAUCAGUUCGAUUCGUUUUACCAGAGUUUCCAUUAAAACGGUUUUCGUUCCCCAAAAUAAUCUAGUCCUCGUAAUAAAGAUAAUGUAAGGAAUGUACAUUUUGACUGUGCGCGUCGCAAGUAUGUACUUAUGAGUGUUUUGUUAAAAGAAUUAAAAAUGGUUGUAAAUACGUUAAAUUUUGUAUUUCUAGUAAAGUAACGUUCGGUCGAGUCUAUCGGUAGAGGAUAAUAUGAAAGAGUUAAUGUGGGAGGAGUAAAAAAUGUAAAUUUAAACUUAAACAUGUCAAAGUAUGUUCUUACCGACGUAUUUUACUUUGGAGUCGAGAGGUGUUUUAAUUUGAUGAGGGAACGCCUUGAAAAUGGCUGGAAUAUAAUUAUAUAAUCGAGGAAUCCGAGCACUUCCACGCAAAGCAAAGCAACUUCCUCUUAGAAAUUUGCGUGGAUCUGCUUUGGAUUCUAAGUUAAACAGACGAAGCACGCAGAACUUUGUUCUUCAGCUUCGAACACUUCUGUUACAUAAACCGUAAGUUUUUCUCAUUCUUUGACCGUGAGCGGAAACUUUGCCAUCGCCGAUAGUUAUAAAUUACCGUUGAAUGUGAAGAUUCAUUGAGCUCGUGAAUCUUUAGAUUUAAACGAUCUAAUAUAAAAUAACGAUAGUUUAAAUAAAAUAUAGGGUAUAAUCGCACAUCACAACUUAACAUCUAUUUGCUGGAUCACAGAAAUAAGAAUAACUAUCAGGAAUUUAAAUUAGGUAUUGGCAAUAAAGAAAUCUUAGGCGAAGUGUUAAAAUGACGAAAUGUUAAAUGUAGCGCAGUGAAAAAUUAAUGUUAAGGUAACUUUCAUGAAUAAAAUGCGACAUAAUCUCGUUCGAAACAAAAAUAAGGAUAAGUUGAUUUAGGAUACUUUUUUAUGAACACAGGUACAUUCCGCAGUGCCAUUAUCUUGUAAUGCUUCUAUAAAAUAAAUCUUAGCGUCUUAUCUUCUACGCUCCUCAUAAGCUUGUUACGUACGACUAAUUAUAUUUAUUUGUUAGGCCCUAUAUACUCGUAUUGUCCUUUUCAACAUUAUCUUUCCAUGUUAUGAUUUGUUUCAGUUCAUGUUCCCCUGCCCCAUUAUUUAAAAUUAGAUAAAUAAAUCUAUUGACUACAACUAUAAAUCUAGCACUUGAUUAGCUUAGUAAUAAUUCAAAAUUUAAAUUGAAGUAAACUUUACCUAUGUCACGAGAGUAACUAUCACUAAAGCGAACUAUCGUAGUUUCCAAAAUAAACUUCUUCUAAAUUAUAUCUAAGAUUAACGGUUUUGAAUUGCUAAAAUUCUUCUUGAUUAUAAUCUGCAUCGCUCAAGUUUCGGGGGUGCGGUAUUUAAUUAGGAAGUCUGAUAGCUUCAUAAUCUCGCGUAGUGCUAUUGAUCUAACAUUCCAUUAAAAUGGAAUUACCUUUAAUCCUAAUUUUGAAUAAAUAGAAAAUUUAAACUUACGCACUGUAGGUAAUUAUAGAUUAAAUUAAAAUCUAACCUAAAAUUAUAAACUUAAAAUAAAAAAACCUUCCUCCUUACCAUAUCUAGACACGAACUAUGGAGAAUCAUUCUGGCUGUGAGUACUUCCCAUUUGUUUAGAUGCUUAUAUCAUUGUCGUUUGUCCGAAUAAAUGCUAAUACCGACAAUAAAUUGUUAUCGCGGACUAACCUCUUAGAUAUUUCAUCUUUGCAACUCUAUAUCCCCCAUGAAUAGAUCAUGUCAAUUUCUAAUAACUGAUUUGUUCCUACAUCCAUCACUUCACCUACUUUCAAACUAGCGUCAUCUUUCUCAUCCACUUCUUCCUCAUUAAUAAGUUCCAUUUAUUAGUUCAUUACUACUGUCCUCUCUUAGUCAAGAAUAGUUUUAAACAUAGAAACUUAGAGAGUAAUUUGUAGUCUUAGUAAUAAAUUAAAAGCAAAAAAAUCAAAGUUGUUUGUUAACUUACACGAUAAAAGUUGCAAUUCAGAGAAUUAGCCGUAGUUAUAUAAAAAAAUAUAUAAAAAUGUAACGCGUUGAUUUAAAAAUAUUCUAGUAAAUAAAUUAAGGGAUCUCAGUUGAGAGUUUGAGCGCGAUGGCAAAGUUUCGUUUGUUCACAAGUUCUUAUUCAAUUACUGAAAUGUAUACAUUUUCAAGGUGGUCCUCUUUUAUAUAAUUUAUAUAAUAUUUAUUGAGUGUUUUGUUUUAAUCUAUAAUUGUUUAUUUUAUUCCUAAGUUUACCUAUUUGUUGAACUUAAGUAAUACCAAAGAUUUUUUUCACUUUUUUCUCGGACAGUAUGUCCUUUCUUAUCAACAUAUGUACAUUUGUAUUAAAUAUUUCGUCAUAUUUAUUUGUGCAAUAUAUAAGUUGUAACGUGGCGCACUAUUUAAUAUAAAUGUUUUUAUUUAAGCUAAUAAUAAACUUAAUCGGUACUUUUUAACGGAUUAAUCCAAAAAUUUAAUAACUAGGUAAGGUGAUAUUGGAAAUGAUUUUUUUAGAAUCAAUAGGUUAAGGUAUUAUGUUAUUAUUAAUAUGUAAUCAGUAAUCACUGAAAUAAAUCAAAAUCUGUAA